AUGGUCCUUUCCUCCAGGUAUAUGGAGGGUGCCUGUCACAGGACAGCUUAUAACCUGUUUCAAGAAAGAAAGGAGAAGCUUUCUACUGAAGCCACUACCAGUAAGAACGUCCAUCCACACUUCACUACCAUGGACAGCUCCCUAUUGUCUCCCAUUGUCCAGAAUCUUGCUAUACAGAAGCAACCAGUUAUGCCCUGUGAUAAAAAUCCAGAGCAAUCCAAUAGGAAUCAUAGUAAAGAUGAAAGAAGGAAAAAUAAAAAAUGGAGAGAAGGAGAAGGAGAAAUGGAAGAAGAAAUGGAAAAGGAUGGUAAAAAGAAACUGGAAGAGGAACAGGAGGAAGAGAAAAAAGAAGAAAAAAUGGAAUGUGAGGAAGAAUAUCCGGAGAAAAGAUUAGUCAGCAAGCCCCUCAUGGACACUCUCUGGGCAACGUUUAAGUUAAACAAAUGCCCCACAAAAGGACAUAGUCUAUCGCUUGCAUUUGAAUUUAACAUGACAGAAAAACAGGUAAAUCAAUGGUUUUUUAAAAAGAGAAAGAAAUUCAAACAAGAAAUGUAUAAGCGAAAAUACAAGAGCGAGCUCAAGAGAUGCAAGUGGCAUCAGGAAAGAGCCAUUGACAAAGUUAAGAAUGAAUCAUAUUUUUCUAAUCCUGAUGAAGACUAA